AAUAAUUAUUUAGACCAUCUAACGGUUGCAAAUAACUCACACCACGUGGAGGGAUCUGGUUCCUUGAUGAAAAUUUCAGAUUUGCCGCGCUGAGGUCAUUCUAUGUCCAGGUUCGAAAUUUGUCCUUUGUCCCAAAACCCGAGGCUCGUAAAAUCCGAACCGAUGCUAUCUGUCAAGUCGAUAAACCGAAGGCUUGGAUACACCGAACCUCUAGUUCAAAUUCCGAACCUCCACAUCACCUUCAUCUCUCUUUGUCUCUGUUUAGACUAUAGACAUAUCAGUGAAUCUCAGCUUCCCUUAUUCACUGCUCUAUUAAACUCUUCCACCCACCCACCCACCCCCUCAAAAUCACCCCACUCAUCCUCUCAUUUCUUCCUCCGCCGUCCGAUCCUUCAACUCAGAUCAAUCGUCGCCGGUGAAUCAUCGGAUACCGUAGCAGAAACAACCGUUCAUCCUGGAUUUGUUGUUCUCGGGAGUUUUACGGUGAUGUCAGGGGAAGAACGGCCGUCGACUUUAGUGGUGGAUCCGUUGUUGAAGGAUCUGAGUGAGAAGAAACAGAAUUUCCGGCGAAACGUGGUGUCGCUUGCGGCGGAGCUUAAGGAGGUUCGCAGCCGUCUUGCUUAUCAAGAACAGUCUUUUGUUCGUGAAACCCUAACCAGACAGGAAGCUGAGAGUAAAGCUAAGAAAAUGGAAGAAGAGAUAAACAAAUUGCAAGAGUCUUUGGAGGAAAAGAAUGGAGAGCUUCAAUUUUCAGCUUUAAACACUGAGAAGUAUGUUAAGCAGUUGGAUGACCUUAAAUCACAACUUUCUGCGACUCAAGCAACUGCAGAUGCAAGUGCUGCAUCAGCUGAAUCGGCACAGCUUCAGUGUUUGGUGCUUUUGAAAGAGUUGGAUGAGAAAAACAGUUCACUGAAGGAACAUGAAGUUCGUGUAAACAAACUUGGUGAGCAAUUAGAUCUUUUGCAGAAGGAUCUUCAAGCAAGAGAAUCAUCCCAAAGGCAAUUGAAAGAUGAAGUGGUGAGAAUUGAGCAUGAUAUCAUGCAAGCAUUAGCAAAAUCUGGUGCAAACACAGAUUGUGAAUUGAGGAAGGUCUUAGAUGAGGUCUCGCCAAAGAACAUUGAGAAGAUGAACAAGCUGUUGACUGACAAAGAUGAAGAACUUGCCAAACUCCGGUACGAAAUCAGGAUCAUGUCUGCCCACUGGAAGCUAAAAACCAAGGAGUUGGAAUCUCAGUUAGAAAAGCAUCGUAGGGCUGAUCAAGAGUUGAAAAAGAGGAUUAUGAAGUUGGAAUUCUGUCUACAAGAGACUCGAAGUCAAACUCGCAAGCUCCAAAGGAUGGGAGAACGACGUGACAAAGCUAUUAAGGAACUGAGAGACCAAUUAUCAGUUAAGCAAGUUGGAACUUCCAGCAACAAUAAUCAGAACUUCUGGGAUACCUCAGGAUUCAAGGUUGUCGUUUCAAUGUCAAUGCUGAUGUUAGUCCUCUUUUCAAAGCGGUAAUAGUUACAAUUAGUAUUAGUUGACAAUGUAAAAAGGAGAAGUGUAGCUACUAACAACAUAGAAGCUGUAGAGCUGCUGCUUAAUAUAUUAGAAUGUUAAUCAUACUAUAUGGGGCCCUAUCUUUUUGUACCUUAAGGGCAUCACAACUGAAUCCAUCAUCUCGAUGUUCAAUUAUUAGAUAUUAUAUAUACAUGCGGUAAUCAUAACGUUACAUAAUCAUGUUUUUAAAAUGUAUCGUUGAAACUCCAA